CGCGAACCAGAUUCAACAAGAGACUGAGGGCCAUUGCACCGGCCACGGCAUGUUUUCGACCUACAAGGACGUUUGGUUCUCGACACGAUUCUGAUGUCUAACGAGUUUCUGCAAAGUCGAUGCCAGGUUGGGAAUGGCAUCGUUUAUCACAGCCUCAAGCGAUAUCGCACCCGCCAGAAAAUAUCGGUCCAGGAAACAAAAGCCCUGUGAUAACUGUCGGCGACGUCGGGUCUGUUGCGUUCGAGACGCAGAAGGAGCAUGCGCCUUGUGCAGUCGAUCCUCAAUACCAUGCACCUUCAACUCCAAACCCUCUCCGCGCAAACGGCCAGAUCGAACCACCACAACGACCAGGGACGCAAUUCCACAAGCGGAACCUGACUCUGUCCCAGGCGAGUCUCCCCGGCUCACUACGGAGCGAGGGGCUCUCGAGAAUCCGCCCAGGUCAAUCGCUUCAACCACGCACUCUGGCCAGAAGCGUGGGGUAGAUGGGAAAUAUAUCGGACUCACCGGUACAGAGGAUGUCUACUUUGUAGUGGAUCGUUUGCAAGGUUUGGGAAAUGACCCUGCGCAUGAAGCCUACUUCAGGGUAUGGACCCAACCUUUACCCAAGACUGCGAAAUCAUUGAAUCAGACUGACUACCAUCUGGAUGUGCAGGAACGAUCAGCCUCCACUCAAUCGUAUUCGUCCGAGACUUCCAACCAUCAUGCUAGCUCGAUCGAGCCGAAUUUUCCUUUGGCCAGGUCAAUUUUUUUCGAGCAGUCGCAUCCAGCGUACCCAUUACUAGAUGCACAGCUGGCUCAGAGCGAUAAGCAGCCUCGGCUCCUAGCCAUAGCCAUAGCCAUCAUCUCGAAAUACACGUCACCUGAGUUGGCCGGCCUAGACAACAACGUCCUCAUUGAAGAAUUCACUUCAUCUUUGCUUCUUGAAGCACGAUCUCCGACUCUUGAGACAGUUGAGGCUGCGGUUCUAUUCACCCAGAGAGCGCUCAGGGGCAAAAUGAGUACCACCGCCCCAGGCAUAUGGGCCGUCAUUGGGACGAUUGUCGGAAUGAGCCACGAUUUAGGUCUCAACAUUGACUGUUCGAUGUGGAGCAUCUCAGCAGCGGCAAAGCGAAGGCGGAGGAGGAUCUGGUGGGCUGUAUAUAUGCAAGACAAGUGGUUCGCUCUGGCUCUCGGGCGGCCUUCAUAUUUGGAUGACGCGAACACGACUACGCUCAUGCUGACAGCCGCAGAUUUUGAGGAUUGCAGCUUAGACUCAGCCGAAGACCAGCUUAGGAGGCCUGAGCUGGUUACGGGUGUACACUGUUUUGUUGCUAUGGCUGAAUUAACGACCAUCCUCAAAGAGGUCCUGGCCGCUUUUUUCACCCUAAGCUCGGUGGUCCGGCUCCGAGAAGCUACUGGCGAACAUAUCUGUGACAUCGCUGAAAGGAUCGAGGCGAAGUUGGAUAAUUGGCGUGCGACUUUUCUCGACCAAAUCCUCAUCCACCGUACUUUUCCUGAUGUAACAGGUAGCCUAGAAAUCGCGUUCCUAACGGUUCGAGUGAUGCUCCUUCGAGGCAUCUUCCCAAAGUUGUAUCGGCGAAACCUUCCUCUCGACGUUCAGGUUAACCGUGGCGUCGACAUCACCUCUCGUACGAUCACACUAGUUGAGACAUUGCAAAUAAACCGUCUUAGCGCAUUCUGGUGGUCCUAUUCUGGUUUCAACUUUACACUCAUUGGUACCUGCAUGGCAAGCCUCAAGAGACUCUCAGCCGACACAAUACGUGCCAGAUAUUGGGAUGAGAGGCUAGCGUACUAUCGUAAGUUGCUUGCCGCCCAUGGUGUGAGCUUUUGGCCUGCAAGAUUUGCUGCAUCCGCUUUGGGCUUGAUGACAAAGAAUUUGACAAAAUCUACCGACGUUAUGCCUGAAGAUGCCGCCGGGGAAGGGCCUAAAAGUAACGACGAGUCAAGUGUUGGGCUCUUCAACACAUUUACUUCUCCCGAAACAUCGUGGUCGGGUUUUUCGUACGAUUUCUUCCCUCAUACCCUCACCGAGCACUUGAAUGAUGCAGACUUCUCCGCAGACUGGACUUCCAUCGGUGGAUCCAACGGCUUUCAAUGGCAAUGACUGAGAUUUGAUUGAUCUUCUUCCGUACGGCAGUACCGAGAUCUCAUAUCUCAUCUGUCAGGUCAGCCGAUACGCCGAUUUCGUCACUCUGCAGUGCUACCUAUCGCCUGACGGCCUCUCCUUAAGCGCGGCAACUGGACGGGGAUAAGUAGGACGAUCAUCACUACGGAAGCCGCUACCGCACACAAAAAUGAUGUUUUGAGGGAGGCGGCGUAAGCGUCCGUCACUGGGUAGCGUUAGUGAAAGAAACCGAUAAACGUGGUACGGCAAAUGUCAACUUACCUCGGUCUCUCAAGGGCUGCGGGAGCAGCUUUAUGGACUCGACAGAUGAGCGCACCCUCUCGAUAAGGUCCUCAUUUCUCCCGUCCUUUACCAUGCGUCUCAGAUGAACAUUUAAGCUGUUCUGGAAAACCAAGCUCGAGACAGCCACACCCAGUACAAUUCCGAAAUUUCUCCAUAGGCCAAUGGUCGUGGUGACCACUGCUUGUUGCGCUUGCUCAGAGACGGCAAGAGCACUCAUCAUAGUGUUUGGGAAAACAAAACCCUGUCCCAAUGGCACUCCGGUGAUAAGAAGAAGGGUCAGGGUCGGCGACGUAUGUUUACUAAUCGCACAAGUCGCCACAGACCCGAGCAGGUAUACAGCUGCACCAGCAACUAGCGUUGGCUUG